CUUUCAUAAGGGUGUGUAAGCAGGUGACACAGGUGAGGGAGAUAAACUACAUGCUUAGAGUACAAGAAGGAAACAUCUUAGAAAGUUAGAGGCAAAGGACUUCAAGAGUGGGAAGACUAACUGAAGUCAGAAGAGACACAAGAUCAUGGAGAUUUAUUUGUGGAAAUUUGUGGCUGUUGUAUGUGCUCUACUUCUUAAUGCUUCAGGCUCAUUUUGCCAACUAGAUGUGUGUGGUCAGGCUCCCUUGAACAUCAAGAUUGUGGGUGGUACUAAUGCUGUUCCCGGUGCUUGGCCUUGGCAGGUCAGCAUUCAGGAAAGAGACUUGCAUUUCUGUGGAGGCAGCCUGAUCAAUGAGCGCUGGGUCUUAACAGCAGCUCACUGUUUUCCGAGUUUUUCACUCCUGGGUGUCACAGCCAAUCUAGGAUUGACAAAUCUGGAGGGGCCUAACCCAAAUAAGCAGCAAAGAACCAUUGCUGAAUUAAUCAGACACCCAAGGUAUAACAUAAAUAAUGACAAUGACAUAGCACUUCUCCAGCUCACUUCUCCGGUGACGUUUACAAACUACAUCAGGCCAACAUGUCUGGCAGCAACCAAGAGUGAUUUUCCCAAUAGAACUAAUGUCUGGGUCACAGGAUGGGGUGACAUUAAGUCUAAUGUGGAACUGCCAUCCCCUCAAACCCUGCAGGAGGUGAAGGUGCCAAUUGUCAGUAACAGUGACUGUGCAACAUCUUAUGGAAAUGAUAUCAUCACAUACAAUAUGAUGUGUGCUGGCCUCAGUGAGGGGGGCAAGGACUCAUGCCAGGGUGAUUCUGGAGGUCCAAUGGUGUUCAAGCAUAACACAACCUGGGUUCAGGCUGGGAUUGUGAGCUUUGGCCGUGGCUGCGCUUUACCUAAUUUCCCUGGUGUGUACACCAGAGUGUCUCAGUACCAAGACUGGAUUAACAGCAUUAUCAAAACCAAACAACCUGGAUUUAUUGCAGUCUCCAAUGGUAAUCCUGGCUCCCCAAACCUCCUUUGUCUGUUUCUUUGUUUUUCCAUCAUUUACUUCCUCUGCUCCCUGUCUAUCUUCUAGUAAUGAUAAGAAAAUGAAACAAAGCCAGAAAAGGUUUUCAAAGAUUUGUGUCAUACUGCAUGUAUCAGUUUUAUUCAUUUGACCUAAUUCUACUCCAUUCCAAUUUAAUCUAUGUUAGAAACAUGAAUUACGUUAAGCCGUUGGUGAUAUCGCCAAACUAAUUUGAGGUUUUACCCGGAAAUAUAUAAUUGGUUUAAUCAUUGUCAGCAAUCACAUAGCAUCUCAUGAUGUACUAUGUGAAAUAAUGUGAACUAUGUACACUGAAUUACUGGAAUAUCAAAGCACUGUAUACUUCCUCAUUCCCCUAACAAAGUUCUUAUGCUGAACGAGUUUUAUUGUGUUGUAUAUUGCUUGGAAUCUUAACCAGAAAUAAAAUCUACAUAUUUAUUUACAGAA